AUGCGGAAGUUACGGGAAUGUGCUUACGCACCUACAGUUACUUCAUUCAAUCAGAAAAUUGAUGUUUUGAAGCAACGUAGCCCAGUGGUUGUUGGGAAUUUCUUAAAAGACUUGCAUCCCCAACAUUGGGCCAACGCGUAUUUCAGGGGUCGUUGCUACGGUGAGAUGUGGUCCAACGCUACGGAGUCAUUCAACAACUGGAUUCGUGAAGCUCAUCACCUGCUCAUUACUCAAUUGGUCGAUGCGAUUAGAGGGAAAAUCAUGGAAAAAAUUUCAAAUCGGAAAGUUAAAUCUAGCGGUUGGGUGGGCGGAAUUUGUCCCAAAAUGGAAAAACUUUUGGUGUCCGAGUUUAAAGAUAGCAGGUCGUGGAUUGUUAGUCAGUCGGACAACAACAUUUUCGACGUUUGUUCCCAGCCAUCGGUAUUUGUUGACAUUGGCAGUCGUUCAUGUUCUUGUUUUCAGUGGCAACUAAAUGGUUUUCCAUGUUCCCACGCAGUUGUUACUUUUCGAAAUAGUGGUAAGAAUGUUUACGGUUACAUUGAGUCAUUUUAUCACGUGGUGAAGUAUAAGGCAACGUAUGCAGGGUCCAUCCACCCAAUUCCCACAGUAGAAAAACCCAAGUUCACAACCUCAAACUAUCUCAUUGCACCACUUAUUUACAAGCGUCCUCCCGGGAGGCCCAAGCAGAAAAGAAUUCCAUCAAAGGGUGAGGUUGUUCAACUUAUUCGGUGUGGCCAUUGUGGCAAAAUGGGUCACUAUAAUAGGAAAACAUGCAAGGAACCAAUGAAGCGUACUCGUAUUUUUUUUGUUGGUCACAAACCGUUGCUGAAAUAA